AUGUCUGCUCCGUGGGCGCCUCUCGUCGUCCUGGCGUUGCUCGCCUUGGCGGGCGAUGGAGCCGUCGGCGCGAAGGUGCACCACAAACACGGCAGGUUCACGGCGGGCCCGUGGAAGCCGGCGCACGCCACCUUCUAUGGCGGACGCGAUGGGUCCGACACCCGCGCCGGCGCGUGCGGCUACAAGGACACGGUGGCGGAGGGGUACGGCCUGCAGACGGCGGCCGUGAGCACCGCGAUGUUCAACGACGGUGAGACUUGCGGGGCGUGCUAUGAGGUGCGGUGCACAGACAGCCCGGAGUGGUGCAAGGCCGGCACGGCGCCUUUGACGGUGACGGCGACGAACCUGUGUCCGCCCAACUACCAGCUGCCCGGCGACGACGGCGGGUGGUGCAACCCGCCGCGCGAGCACCUGGACCUCACCAUGCCGGCCUUCCUGCAGAUCGCGGAGGAGAAGGCCGGCAUUGUGCCCAUCUCGUACCGUCGUGUGCCUUGCGCGAAGCUGGGCGGGAUCCGGUACACGAUCACGGGGAACAAAUACUUCAACAUGGUGGCGGUGACGAACGUGGGCGGAGCGGGGGACGUGGCGGCGCUCAAGGUGAAGGGGAACAAGCGCGUCAAGUGGACGUUGUUGCAGCGCAACUGGGGCCAGGUGUGGCAGACCUCCGAGGACCUCACCGGCGAGUCGCUCACGUUCCGCGUCAUGACCGGCGACCAUCGCAAGCACACGUCCUGGCACGUCCUCCCGCGGGACUGGCAGUUUGGUGUCACCUACCAGGCACCCAAGAACUUCUAA